AUGGUUUACAUUGGAAUCCCCAAGAAUUACACCACGUCGCCGUCCUCUUUUAUGGGGACCCCGUCCCUGACGAUCAACCAUGAGGCGACCCAGGACCUGGACUCCACCAACGCUUUCGAAGGACCCGAGAAGCUUUUGGAGGUUUGGUUUGCGCCUUCCGCCCAGAGCUUGGGAUCUGCCGGCCCUCUCGGUCUGAAGGCCGUGCCCGAGGAGAUCUGGAAGGAUAUGCUGGACCUUGUCAACUGCCAGGUGCUCUCGAUUGUCUCGUCCGAGGACGUGGACGCGUACCUCCUGUCUGAGUCUAGCAUGUUCGUCUGGCCUCACAAGCUGAUCCUCAAGACCUGCGGCACGACCACCCUGCUCUCUGGGCUUCCGCGUAUCCUCGAGAUUGCUGCCCUGUUCGGUGGCUUCCCGAGGGCGACCGCGCCCGCCUCGCGCGGCAUUUCCGUCGCCGCUGCCCCGUACCGCGUGUUCUACAGCCGCAAGAACUUCCUCUUCCCCGAUCGCCAGCGCGGUCCCCACCGCAGCUGGCGGGACGAGGUUCGCAACAUGGACCGGCUGUUCCUCAACGGCAGUGCCUACAUGAUUGGGAAGAUGAACGGCGAGCAUUGGUACCUGUACCUGACCGAGCCCAACACCCUGCUCACUCCGCCGUCCAGUCCCAGGGAGGAGGCCGAGGACCCGGUGACCGAAACCAAGGUACUCCAGGUGCCCGAACACGCCGUCCGCCCGAAGGGCGAAGACCAGGACGAGACUUUGGAGGUCUUGAUGACCGACUUGGAGGAAGAGAACGCCAAGCAGUUUUACCUCGAGCAUGCGACUGCCGUUGCCGAGAAGCGUUACCGCAACUUCGAGUCCGAGGAUGACCAUGUGGAUGUGUUCAGCAACAACUCCGACAUGGACGAUGUCUCGUCCAACGGCAGCCGGAUCCUGCCUUCGGAACUGACCACCGAGGGCCACGCCCUGGGAACGGUGGUGUCGGAGUCGUGCGGACUUUCCGACGUCUACCCCAAGUCGAAGUUUCCCGAGUCUCGGAUCGACGCGUAUCUGUUCACCCCCUGCGGCUUCUCUGCCAACGGAGUGAUCCCCACGCCGGACCAGACCACCGGGACUCACUACUUCACGGUGCAUGUGACGCCGGAGCCGCAGUGCUCGUACGCCUCUUUCGAGACCAACGUGCCGCACUCGCAGAACGGCCAGACCACGGCGGAGAUCGUGCAGCAGGUGGUCAACAUCUUCAAGCCCGGCCGCUUCACCAUCACGCUGUUCGAGGCCAAGCCCGAGGUGACUUCCACGGACGGCGACUGGGACACCAUCAAGGAGGUCAAGUACCUGGAGCGACAGGCGGCGCGUCGCACCCGGAUGGAGAACGUGGAGGGGUACCGGCGGGUGGAUCGGAUCGUGCACGACUUGGACGGAUAUGACCUUGUGUUCCGCUACUACGAACGACUUGACUGGAAAGGGGGGGCCCCUCGGCUCGGAGAAGAGCGCAUCUAG